CCGCACAUAUGUACACAUGUAAAUGGUUCGAUAUAACCAACCCCCAAAGUCCAACCAAACAUCAUAGCACAGCUGAAUUGGACACACCAAAUCCCUGUUUCUUCUUUUUGGGUCUUCCUCAGACUCUGUAAAUUUUCUCCUUCAUUUCCUUCCAAUUUUGACUUCCAUUUCUAGAUAUUGGAUAGAGAAUGCAACUGUAACAAGAAGAGGAAGAAGCAGAGAUAGAAUGGCGGUCUCGGCUUUCAAAUCCUCCACCAGAAGAAGCAAUCCCACCGGUGCCUCAACUUCUUCAUCAUCAUCAGCUAUUUCUAAACGGAGCACCGAUAUAGAUAUUAGUUCAACCAAGAAACCAAACCCACCAAUCAGAAGAUCCAGAAGUGUCAGCGCUUUCUCAAGGACCACCACUCUCGACUCUCAAGAUAAUAUUUUCUUGAACAAGAGAGACAACCCUCUCUUCUGGUCUACGGAUUCCCCAACCGCUGUUGACCCCAAAACCCCGCUAGUCAAACCCGACAAAGAUUCGAGGCCGGCAACCUCGUCCAGUGUUGCUGAUUCUAGAAGGGGACGGUCGGUGUCGCGGAACGCCGAUGUUUUGGUCGGUCGGAGCCAGUCCGGAGUUGACUCGGGUCGGAGCCUGUCCAGAGUCGACACUGGCCGUCGCAACCGCUCCGUUUCCCGGUGUCCGGAGCCCAGGGGGCGUUCCGUCAUUUCCAAGAGUGAAGAUGAACAAGAAUGUACUUCUUCAUUGAAUAAAGGGGAGGAAGGCAAAAAGGGUGGGUUAGUUAGAACUAGCUCUGAUGAGUUGGAUCAGUUGAAGGGCUUAAGGACAUGGUCCAGUCAGCAUUCACCUUUCCAGCCUUCACAUGCAAACUUGUCCAGCUUGCAAUCUUCGAAUUGGGAAGACGGAGUUUCCACCGCAAGUUCCUUAUCUGGAGCCGAAGAGAAAACUUUUAAAGCAGCUUGUGAACAGAUGAAUAUAAAUUAUGGACAUUCCGGUGAUGAUUUGUCGGUUCAAGCAGUUCAUUUGGAAAAUGAUACCACAAGCAGCAAUAUAUAUGAAACAGUUCGAUCUGAAGUGAGACGUGCUAUCUCUGAGAUUCAAAUUGACCUUGAAAGUGCUAUGCGAAGGGGCAAUACUCCGGCACUAGCAACUUCUGACAUUUCUGAUAUCCCUCCCGACCUGGUAAAUCCAAGUGCAGUUGAAUUAGUUUUGGACAUCAGAAGAGAAUAUGCCAAAAAACUUGAGCAGUCUAAGGAACGGGCUAGCAAACUUCAAUCAGAUCUGGCUGUUGAGGAGCACCGUGGACAAGAGCUCAGCAGAAUCCUGAAGGAAGUACUUCCAGAUCCCAAGAUAUCUAAUGCGCCAAAAUCUCGUCCUGGAAGAAAAGCUAGCAUUGAAAGAAGAAAGAUGUCAAAACGUCUAACAGAAGAAGCUCUGGCCUAUUUUGAUGAGUGCGUAUCCCUAUCAACUUUUGAUAGUUCUGACUUCUCAUCGCCAGAGGAUCCACCUUUCAACUUAGUUGGUAUUAAUACCCCUGUUGAUAAAAGUCUAUCUUUACUCCAAGAAAGUUCAAGUGCUUCAGUCAUGAAUAGCUCAAACCGUAGCCUCAAUGAAAAACAGGCAUUGAGCAUCCAAAGUCAAUUUACCAAUGCCCACAAUCCUUCAGGACUAAUGGCUAGCAGUGGUCCUGGGGAGCCAACCUUGAAUCAGAUUAGUCCUCACAGUGCCAACAGAGCGAAAGAUUGGAAAUUCUCAUUUGCUCAUACGCCAGCUGAAACCCUUGAGCUUCAACAAGACAUUAGGAAGUACAUCAGACAUUUUGAGAAAGAUGACAUGGAAUUGCAGUGUGUAAGAUCCAUCUCUUGUGACUUGGGUGAGUAUAGCUUGCAGGAUGCAGCACAAAGUUAUAUGUUUGACAGGGUUUUAUUUGGAAAUAGAAUAGAGUCGAGGGGUAUUUUACUGUGUGGCAGUGGUAUUUCAAGUUCAUUUUCUCCAUUUGCUUCUUUUUUCUGAAAGAACACACCAGUUGUUGAAGGAAGAAUGUUUGAUUGUAAAUUUAGUUUUUACAAAAAUGAUUUUGAAUGAAUGAGUAAAUUUUGUAGCA